AGCUCGCCCGCGCGCAGGUCGGUGCUGGGGAGCUCUACGGAUGGAGACGCUCCCUUCCUCGCCGAGGCACCCUCCCAAGUACGGCAGCGCCGCCGUCCAGAAUGCUUUGGAGCAGCUGGCAUCCAUUGAUCUCAUUGAGCUAAGCAAGGAGGCUAGAAUUGAGCAUUGCCGUGCAGCUAGGGACUUGAGCAGCUGCGGACGCUACGUCCAGCACGUGCUCAACUCAUGUGGGCACGCCUCAUUAUGCGCUGAGUGUAGCCAGAGGUGCGAUGUCUGCCCUAUUUGCAGAAGUCCAAUACCUGAUAACGGGAACAGGGUGCGGCUCCGCCUCUACCACAAAUGCUUGGAAGCUGGGCUUAUCUCUAAGCAGCACGAUGAAAGGUUUCAGGAGAGAGAAGGCCAUGGUGAUCCUGUUAACAUGGAUGUCCAGCGGCUGCAUUCCUUGUUUGAUGUUGCGCUUCAGAAUAAUCUCGUCUCCCUGAUUUGCCACUAUAUUACCGAUGUUUGUUUGGAUGAGAGUGCUGUGUCAAGUGAUCCACUUCUGGCUUUUCUUUUGGACGAGGUGGUCAUCAAGGACUGGUGCAAGAGGGCUGUUAAUGCACUUAUAUCAGAGAUAUGCACCAUCUAUAAAUCUGGAUUAGAGAUGAUGAAGUCUAAGUUACCUCAGCUGCAAAAGUUUGCAGUUCAGUUGGCAGGCAUUUCAAGCGUUGUUGAAGCUAUGAUCGCAUCUUUCAGGGAAGCAGCUCAUGUAAAUGACCUCCAUCAGCUUAUUGAGAACACAAUGAAGGCAAAACAGCAUUUGGAAGCCAUGAUUUGGUGCAUCAGGCAUGAAUUUCUUGAGAAAAUUCCCUCUCGCCAUGCUAGUUUUGCAACUUGGAGUGCUGAUGUGAUUGAAAGAAAAACAUGUGCAGAGGAGCGACAAUGGCCUGAAGUUUCUGGUAAAACAUCAGGUUACGAUGAAGCCAACCAGGGUAUACUUUUCAUCGAGCAGGCGCUACAAAACCUUGGGAAUCAACAAAGUUAUAUGGAUAAUGAUGAUGAGAGGGAAAUCACCUGUUUGCAGAAAGAACAAUCAUCAUCUAUGUUCCGUUCCACAAUUGAUCAGUCUAAUGUCAAUAGUUAUCCAUUUAAAAACUUACGUGAGGCAGUUGACAUACUGUUUCUGCACGGCGGAUCUGACAUGGUGAUUGCAAAACAAGCAACUUUCUUAUACUAUAUAUUUGAUCGGCAUUGGACCAGACCAGAUUCAGAAUGGAGGUAUCUUGUGGAUGAUUUUGCUGCUACAUUUGGCAUCUCUAGUAGAACUUUGCUUGAAUGCCUAGUGUUUUGUCUUUUGGAUGAUCACUCUUCACAGGCUUUGGAGGAGGCAUGCUCUCUUCUUCCUAAGAUUUCUAGCAAGGAAACACAUCCAAAGAUAGCACAAGUUCUUCUAGAACGUCACAAACCUGAUGUGGCACUAGUCGUAUUAAAGUGCACAGGGGGUGAUAGUUUCUCCGCUACUGCAAACAUUGAGAAAGAUGGGCUAUUAUGUCUUACUGAGGCAGUGACUGCGCUCCGUAUAAGAAUUGAAUAUGGCCAUGUAACAGAAGCAUUUAUGUUCCAUAGGAGCUACUGCUCUAGGGUAAAAGAGCAAAGACCAGCAGAUACAGCUCAUGCUGAAGAUGCUCACAUAAAUUCUUGGAUGUAUCAUGUUGAGGUGAUGAUGGCUGAGUUUUGUGAGAUCUGCAUUGAUCGAAACAUUGUCGAUAAAAUAAUUGACCUGCCUUGGGAUUCUGGGGAGGAGAAACAUCUUCACAAGUCCCUAUUUGAUUCUGCUUGUGAGAGGCCCACAGGGCCAUGUGGUAGCCUGCUUGUUGUUUUCUACCUGCAGCGUUAUCGGUACUUGGAAGCAUAUGAUGUUCAUCGUAGCCUUCAGAGCUUUGAGCAAAAUGUGCUGGAGUCUGCUGGUGAAGAGGUUGCAUCCAAAAUCAGUACAAUUGCUCAAUGGAGAGAAGGUUUAGUGGCUAAAUGCCUUGAGAUGCUUCCAGAGGUCCAGAGGGAGGCUGCAAGGGCCAUCAGCAGCGGAGACCAAAGUCAAUUUGCCAUCCGAACUAUGCAAAUGUCUUCGCCAGUUAAUCCUUCAGUUAAAUCACCUAAGCCUGCCAUUGGAUUGAGCUCGUCCUUCACCCCUGCUCUUCAGAAUAAGCCAAAUCCUCUCCAACCCAAGAACAUCCAUGCAUCGACUGAUUCUGGUGCUCUUACCAGUAGUAUCCGUUCAGAGUUUGGAAGAAAGGUUCCAUCUAUUCUUCAAUGUAGGCCAGUCCCCCCUGGGACGCCUACAUCCAAUAUGAGAUUGAAUGCAGGGAUCAUGUUUCCCUCUGUGGGCCAAAAUGGUGAGAAUCCAUAUUUAAAAGGGACCAAAGAACUUGGGUUUAUGAAAGGAGAGUCAGGUUUUAAAAAAGGAACCAAACCUGCUGGUCAUGAUUCACUUCCUAUGUAUUUCAACUUGGGUGCUGGUGAUACGCCUAUGAAAAGCCAAGGACCAAGUUUAUCGAAGACUGAGCGUAGCAAAACCACUUUCUUUCAAGGAAAAGAUUCUAUCAGAAAAGGAGAGUUUGACUUUGGUUUGCGUGCUGAGAAGCCUUUUAUCUUAAGUGGCACCAAUGCUGGUCAAAAUGGCCACACAAAGGUAUCUGAGGGUGCUGGAUUUCGCGAGGGUCACAUGGAUAGAACAAAAGUUCCUGCAACACCAAACAUUUUCAGCUUGGGCAAGAAAUCUUCAGUUGGUGAAGGAGCAGCCGGCAAAGGCGGGUCAAGGUGGAGAAGGGAUGAGUCUAGCGAAGAUGAAGACGAGAAAAGAAGCGGUGGAUACAUGGAGAGUGGAGCUUCCCUUAAUACCCGAAGGCGGCCGAGAUUUUCAAGAAGAUGAUAGACCCUCUCGGCUGGUCCUAGGAUUUUAAACACUUUUAGGGGAUAGCUCUUUCGUUUUUUCCAGUCGCUCUAGCCCCCUUAAUGUAACACGAAUUUGUUCUGGCCGGAGGCGCAUGGCACCCUGUGUUUGAGUGAAAACCAGAGAACAAUCUUGGAUGUUU